AUGGAAUCUAGAAAGGAAGAAGCCAGAGCUGCGCAGACGGAAGAAAUCGAAAAGAUACAAGAAGGGCACAACAAUGAAGACGAUGCUUCUUCCAUCAGUCCGGAAGCCCUGGGAAAUGACUUGCCGAAAGGCUACUUUUACUCGCUACAAUUUCUCGGUGCCAUGACUGGCUUCUGUCUGUCUGCAAUCUCAGCCUACAUAUUCCUCCUCUUUCCGACAAACAUUCUCACGUACAUUAAUGCAGACAUUGGUCCAAGCCCGUACAUCUCCUGGGUCAACAUUGCAAGAACCCUAGCACUGUCUUUUACUUAUACCAUUCUUGGACGACUAUCAGACUUGUUUGGGCGACGGUGGUUCUUUAUUGGCGGCAACAUUGUCGCUCUACUCGGCAUCAUCAUCUGCGCUGUAGCCCGGAAUGUUAACACGCUGAUAAUCGGCAGCGCCGUGUAUGGUCUGGGUGAGACUGUUCAACUCAGCUUCAAUGUUGCGGUUGGCGAGUUGGUCCCAAACAAGUACCGGCCAAUGGUUCUGUCAUUCAUCUUUCUUACCAAUGCACCGUUUGCGAGUUUUGGUCCAAUCAUGGCACGAAAGUUUGUCGAGAUUCCGUCCCUUGGCUGGCGAUGGUGUUACUACAUCAACAUUAUUGCCGUUGGCCUCGCAAUCGUGCUUUUAUACUUGUUUUAUAAUCCGCCCACGUUUGAAUUAUUGCACGAACGCAAGGGUAAGCGGGAGAUUCUAAAAAGGCUUGACUACCUUGGAAUCUUUUUGUGGACUGCCGGUCUCACCUUGUUCCUAAUGGGAGUCUCUCUCGGCGGGAAUAUCUACCCCUGGGCAUCAGCACCCGUCAUUUCCACCAUCGUUAUCGGUAUCGUGUUGCUGAUUAUAUUGUUCAUCUGGGAGACCGUUGCCAAUCUGGAAUAUCCUGCAAUUCCAGUCAAGUUCUUUCGCAAUCGUGGCUUCAUGAGUUUGGUCUGCUGUGCUACAGUUGGAAGUAUGACCUACUACUCGGCUGUACUGCUAUGGCCCCAACAAGUACAGGCCCUCUUUACCAAGGACAUAAUCGAAGCUGGGUGGCUUUCGUGUACAGUCGGAAGUGCAACCGCCCUGGGUCAGAUAUGCGCCGGUGCCAUUGUCAAAUGGGGAGGCAACGUUCGAUACUGGAUCAUAUUUUCCACAUUUGCCAUGGUUGGGUUCGUGGCGGCUCUGGCAGCCGUUACUCCAGACACUAGGAAUAUGGCCGUCGCUCUAGUCAUUCUGGGUCCAUUCUUUGUUGGAUUCAUCGAACUCGCAUCUCUGGCUCUCGCUCCUCUCUUCUGCAAGCCUGCAGAUAUCGGUUUGGCCUCGGGGCUGCUUGCUUCCAUCAGGUCUGCCGGGGGCUCGAUUGCGGUGGCAGUGUACAGUACGAUACUGUCGAAUCGUAUCAAAUCGACCAUACCCGAGAUUGUAGGCCCAGCUGCAGUGGCAGCAGGUCUUUCAGAAAGUGAGGUAGGCGCACUGGCAACAGCCAUCGUUGGCGGUAAGCUGUCGUCAUUUUCUGGAUUGACAUCGUCUGUUAGCGCUGCUGUCAGUGCAACGCUUCCCACGGCAUACGCACAGGCAUUCAAGACAGUAUAUUUGGCAAGUUUGGGAUUUGGUGGGAUUGCAAUUGUCGGGUGCCUAUUUUCCAAAGACGCACAGAAGCAUUUGACGGACAGGGUCGACCGAAGGAUGCAGAACGGCGAGGUUGAUUAG